AUGUCUGAGCAGACCUACCACACCACCCGCCAGGACCUACGCAAGGAAGAGGCCCGUCUCGCCCAGCAGCACGGUGGACGAGUUCCUGCCGAUUCCGAUGUUUCCCAGAUGAAGUCCAUCAUCGAUCAGAACACCAACAAACCCGAGCAGAUUGAAAAGACCAAGGCCAACCUGCCCCUACCCGAGGACCCCCCAGUUGCGAGUGACUGGAACUCCGCCGACCAGCGUACUGUCAACGUCGGCUCCGGCCGCUUCCAGGGCCCGACCUCUGGUGACGAAAGUUUGGCUGGAAACACCACUGCUAGCAGCAGCGUCCGCGUGGAUGGUGCUGAGCUACACCAAAACACCGGCCCCGGCAAGAAUCUCGGUCGCCAGGGUGUCGAGGGUCUGAACAGACUUCCUUCCGAUGCCACUACCCGUUAA